AUGGCGCGGCACAAAGCGCCCGGCAUCUCGAAAAUUGGGGCCGACGUCUUUCGCGCCGCGCCGCACCAGGCAGCUCUGGCCUAUUUCCCCUUGGCGAUCAAAACCCUGGCGCGCGGAGCACCACCGGCGCAGUGGUCCGGAGGAAAAGCAGUGCCUAUCCCGAAGCCGGGUAAACCGGCGGAGACCUUUGCCGGAUGGCGCUCCAUCCUUCUGUUGGAGGCUGACGCAAAGGCCUUACAGAAAGUCAUGCGUGGCAUGCUGGUCGGAGCUCUUGAAGCCUCCAGAGCGCCUGGGCAACACGGCGGCCUGCCUGGCCACACCUUGACACUGCCAGCUGCUGCGGUGCGCGCCCACUUCUUGCACCUCCGCCACCACAACAAAUCAGGGGGGGCAAUCUUUGUGGACAGUGCCUCUGCAUACUACGCUGUAGUACGCGACUUCCUUUGCAUACCUGAUGCUGAACGGGGCACAAAAGCGGAGCUACUAAAGCGCGCGGCGGCCCUCUAUCAGGCAGCAGAAGACCAAGAGCGAUAUGUUCAAGCCAUGCAGGCAGGCAACAUACUUGAGGCGCUUCAGGCUCCAGAAGAGCUCUGCAGGUUCGUGACAUGCCAGCUCAGGCAAACAUGGUUCGUCACCAGAGAGGGAGGCAGCAAUGUAUACUGCACCGAGUCCGGGACUGCCCCUGGCUCGCCAAUCGCCGACGCACUCUUUGGCUUGAUCUAUGCCAAAGUCCUCGCACGCAUCCAUGAGUCACUUGCCUGCAAGGGACUCAAUGCGCAAAUCUGCACUCCGUCCGGACCAGCGAGCGCGGGCGAACCAACCUGGGCAGAUGACACUGCAGUGCUCUUUGUCUCGUCCUCCGCCAGCUCGGUUUGCACUGAUUUAGCCGCUGCGACUGCGAUUGUGCACAGCGGACUGACGAGCGUUGGAUUGGUGCCCAACUUUGGACCGGGCAAGACCGAAGCCGUCCUGUAUUGGAGUGGCAAAGACAGCCGCCAAUCCAGACGAGCCGUCACGUGCGCUGAUAUACCGGGUGUUGAGUUCCAUGCUGAUGGGAAUACAAUGCGAAUCAGGGUCGUGCCAGGCUAUGUGCACCUUGGCAGUAUGCUGCGAGGAGACCUGCAUGAGGCCCCUGCCAUACACCACAGAGAGAUGCUCUUGCAAGCUGCAUUCCAGCCCUUCAAAAAGAAGCUCUUAUACAAUAAGUACCUUUCGGUGCCCGAGAAAGUGCGUCUCUUGAGUGAAAGGGUUGUCCCAAGAUACCUUUAUGGAUCUGGCCUUUGGAGGCUUGGCACCAAAUACGAGCUGGAGGCGGCGGAAAAGCCACUCGCACAAGUCAUUCGGGCGUCGCUUAGGCCCAUCCUAGGGAUGACCUGCGCGGGCAUCGACCUACAUCAGGCCUGCGCUGCCUUGGGCUUGAACACACCCAGCGAGCUCCUUCAAGGGGAAAGAUGGAGAGCAUGGAAUGAGCUGGCCAGAGAUGCCGAUGUGUUCACCUGGACAGCUUUGGUCCAGGAUGGAGUCUGGCUUGCUCUGGCCAAAGAUGCAGGCGCACGCAUCUUAGCAGACACUGGUAUUCCUAUACCGGAGAUGGCGGACCUUGCGGCAUGCCACCAAUUUGCGGUCCGUUUCCAGGCCCGCAAUAAAAACGCCAUCCGCGCCUACCUCCGCAGGCAAGUCCAGAACCGUGCACCCGCUGGGGAUGAGCUUAAACGGGCGAUGGCACUUGACUUGCUACCCGUGCCCGUCCCACGACCUCCGGUCAUCACAUUGGACGCUGCACACCAGUGCGAAUUGUGCCCGGCCACCUUUGACACAUGGCGCCAACUCGCCACGCAUAAGGCCAAGAAGCAUGGAUCCUGGUCACUUGCGCGCAAAGCGGCCUUUGGCACGAGGGGCCGCAACCGUGGUGGGCGACUUUACGCCCCGGUUGACAGGCAUUUUUGCCAUUUUCACACAGAGACCAAGCCCGCAUAG